AUGGCUAGAAUCAUUCCUGUAUUGACACUUAUCUUGGCAGUGGCAACUGCUAGAGUAGCAAAGAGUGAAAGUCCAAAGGAAGUGUUGGCAUAAAUCAACAAAGAUUCAUUUGGUAAUUCUGUAUUGUCAGUCCUCCAACUCUAAUUGGCAACAGGAGGACCAGUCGGAGAAAUCUAAAUCCUUUUAAACAACAUUGCCUCAUAACUCAAUGGAGAUUAAAAGAAAGCUGACAAAGUUCACGAAAGUGACACAGUUGCCUUCGAGAAGAUCAUUGCUGACUUAGAAUAAGAAAUCGCUUAUCACUAAACUUAAAUCGUUGCUCUUUCAAACUUGAGAGACUCCACCACUGAGGCAUUGGGAGAAGCUGAAGUUGAAGUCAGAGUAGUCACAUCUGAUAUUGCCAAUAACGAAAAGAGCUUCGCCGACGAAUCAGCCACAAGACAAUCAUAACACGAUACUUGGGUUAGAAAGGAUGCAGAACACGUCGACUAAAUCGAUGCCAUUGAUGAAGCCUCAAAGAUCGUUUAACAUUUGUAAGCAGGUGUUGCAUUUGCUCAACUCAAGAGCAGAUUCGAGAAAGUCUAAGCUAAAUUAAUGGAAAGCAAACACGCUCUCUUCAAACCACUCAUCAACGCCUUGACAUAAUUGGCCUCCAAGGUUGAUAACAAGAGCAUCAUCAAAAUCUUAGAACUCUUGGCUUAAAUCAGAUAAUAAUUGGUUGCCAGCAGAGCCUCCCUCCUUGCAACAGAAGAGAGAUAAGCUGCCAACUGGGAAGUCCAAAGUGGUCACUUAUAAGAGGAACACAAGAGAUUAGUUGAGAGAAAGGCCUUCUUAGAAAACUCAAUUGUUCAAUUCAAAGUCACCAUCUAAGAAGCUGUUGAAGACUUGGAAGAUUAAACUUUAUUCCUUGAGGAUGCUGAAGACUCAUUGGCUAUCCAAGAGAGAUGGGCUGCCGAAUAAGAAUCAUAAUAUGAAGCUUAAACCUUUGAAAGAGAAUAAUACAUAAUGGAAGUCGUCUGAAAGAUUAUAAGAAGUUCUUACUCAAAAGUUGAGUGCUGCCUCAGAAUUCCUUUAAGUUAGAGAAGAGGUCUUUUGAUUAAUGAAUUAUCAGCAAUAUUAAUAUCAAUACAAUUUCUACAUUUUAAUUGUAAAA